GCAAACGAGUUUAGGAACCGUGACGUAGCCACCACAACGGCUGGUUGACUGACUUCAAAGCUUUGGCAGUGUAGCUAGUGCUGUGAGAAUGACCGACAGUGACCUCAACCAAACCGUGUUUUGACGGCUAGGACUGCACCUUUUCGCCUUUUGAUUUGCACUUUUGUAGAAAAUAUUUCGUUUUUGCCAAGGGGUAUCCUUGUAGUCUAGCCAAAGAGUGAAAUUAAAAAUUAAUUUCGCUGAGUGUAGUGGUUGCUUUCUGGGCGCACGAGUGACCUCAUUGCCUCGCUUUGGUAGCACGUCAAGCGCAGCGCUGUAUGGUUAUUAGCAGCUAGCUAGCAAAAACAAUGGAUAAAGCCAAAUCUAUGAUAGACAAAAAAGGACAUUGUUAUACAAAUGGACUGCAACGGGACCUUCAUGCUCAGGUUAACAACGGCAUCUGCAGUGCAUACAGUUCUAGCGCGAACUGUAGUGGUGACAGCAGCAAUAUCGUUUCUGAAAAUCUCCAUCCCGACGAUGACCAACUGAAUGGGUCCCCUGCAAAGAGAUGCAGGUUACGACGUCGAGUCGAGUCUCUGAAGAGGAAUCGACCACCCUUCCCCUGGUUCGGCAUGGACAUCGGGGGCACCCUGGUGAAGCUGGUGUACUUCGAGCCCAAAGACAUCACGGCGGAGGAGGAGCAGGAGGAGGUGGAGAACCUCAAGAGCAUCCGCCGCUACCUCCUGUCCAACGUGGCCUACGGCAAGACGGGGGUGCGCGACGUGCACCUGGAGCUCCGCAACCUGACCAUGUGCGGACGCACCGGGAACCUGCACUUCAUCCGCUUCCCCACGCAGGCCAUGCACCGCUUCAUCCAGAUGGGCCGCGACAAGAACUUCUCCAGCCUGCACACCACGCUCUGCGCCACCGGGGGAGGGGCUUACAAGUUUGAGAAUGACUUCAUGGCGAUGGCUGACCUGGAGCUGCUGAAGUUGGACGAGCUGGACUGUCUGAUCCACGGCCUGCUCUUUGUGGACCAGGUGGGCUUCAACGGCCACCCCGAGUGCUACUUCUUUGAGAACCCGUCGGACACGCAGAGCUGCGUGAAGCGCCCCUGCAGCCUGGAAGACCCCUUCCCCAUGCUGCUGGUCAACAUCGGCUCCGGGGUCAGCAUCCUGGCCGUCCACUCCCAGGACCAGUACAAACGGGUCACCGGCACCAGUCUGGGAGGUGGUACGUUCCUGGGCCUGUGCUGCUUGCUGACUGGCUGUGAGACGUUUGAGGAGGCAUUGGAGAUGGCCAGUAAAGGGGACUCUACCAAUGUAGACAAGCUGGUGAAGGACAUCUACGGAGGAGACUAUGAACGCUUUGGUCUGCAGGGCUCGGCAGUCGCUUCCAGCUUCGGACAGAUGAUGUGUAAGGAUAAGAGGGACAGCAUCAGUAAGGAGGACCUGGCCAGAGCCAUGUUGGUCUCCAUCACCAACAACAUUGGCUCCAUUGCGCGCAUGUGUGCUGUGAACGAGAAAAUUGAACGGGUAGUUUUUGUGGGAAACUUCCUACGGAUCAACACAGUGUCUACCAAACUUCUAGCGUACGCCAUGGACUUCUGGUCAAAGGGACAGCUCAAGGCCCUGUUCCUUGAACAUGAGGGGUACUUUGGGGCAGUUGGGGCAUUAAUGGAGCUGCUAAAAACCUCAGAGGAGUCCUGAGGUGGAAGAUGUCAUCAACAUCAUCAACCCACCGUGCUGCUGGAACGUUCUUUUUGAGACCGCUACAGGAAACGAAAAAGAAAACGGAUACUGGAAAAGGCCAUUCAAUAAUUUAACAACUUGUAAAUAUCCUCCAUCUCCCUAAAUCCCUAAAAAUAGAGAUAUUUUAUUAUUGUGACUAAUUUAAAGGUGUUGUAUAAUCCCUGGUUGGUUUAUGUGUCCAGGGACAUGAUAUAGAGAUGUGCAUGUUAAAAUAUCUGGUACUCUGCGUAAAUGGCUACUGUUAGAAGUCUAGCGAUACUUUACAGUGCACUGAAGCCAAAACCUGUUAGGUUUCUAUGUCUUUCUUUCCAGUCUAGUUAGAAAAAGGGAAAAGUAUUCAUUCUCCUCCUGCUGUUUCUUCAUCUCCCUCUGAAUCUCCCUACAAAACAUGGCCUUUGCUUUUCAUCCUCUACCCUUGAACACACUGUUGAUGGCUAAAAGUUAGGGGUUUGCUUCAGUCGUAUCAAAUGCAGGGACCAACAGGCUGGGUUGAUGAGGCUAGUGUCUUAUUAGCAGGACCUCUCACUCGUAGACAGGAUGCAGCUGUUCCCUUUUUACAGGUUUCCCCCCCCCCCCCCCCAUCGCCAUUGGUAUUUGAGACUUUCAGGGUGUGGUGGGGGCUGGGUACCUUGGUGUUUUCCUAGGCACCGCACCGCCACAAAGCUGAACUCUAACUCUGAGCGCCUACCUUACCCAUCUGCCUUCUGUCUCUAAGAGAGCCUUCCCUUUCCCACAAUGUCUUGUCCAGACCCCCUGCCCUGCCCAACCAACCCAGGGGUGAUGAUCAGAUGUGAAACCGUUCAAAACAAUGUGAAUUUCAUCAUCAUGCUCUAAUAAGAUAAAUAGAAUGCUAACAUGACUGGAAACAUUUCGGUGUAUGAUUUAAAAAUUCUGCCUGCAGUCUUUCUCCCUUUGGAAUUGUAGCGGGACUUUUACUGUAGAUCUGUUGUCUUCCAGAUUGAUAUUGGAAAUCAUCACUUUCAUUGAUUUCUAGUUAUUUUAAAUGAAUGUGCUUGAAAGACUUUAACACUAUACCAAGUGUGCAUUCAUUACCUAUUACUAUAGGUAACAGGAAUGCCAAUUACAACUGACCAGCCACGUGUUCAUUUAAUGCAUGUACAAUGAUGCAACCACCAGUACAGUACAGAAUGAUUUGUGAUUUCUGUGUGAUCUAAUGUUGCAUUUUGGCAACCCCCUCUGAAACAGAAUGUCAUCAGAAUGUUAACCCUGUGUUAGGAUGUUCCAGAAGGUUCUGAUCCCUGUGAUUUAUAUGUUUGUGUGUUCCGACUGCGUCUCUUCUGCCUUCCUUCUCUUCUUAUUGGUCUCACUGACCUCACUCAUUAGUUUCAGUGACCUCACUCAGUCAGGUGCCACUUUGGAUAGCCCCUAUUGGCUACUCUGUGCCACCCUACAUUCAUCUCAACCCUGAUUGGUUGCCUUUGUGUUACUCUACAUGUCAGUGCCCUACACCUUCCUAUGUUUGUUGUUGUGUUUUUUUUUUUUUUUUUUUUACUCAUUGAGCAUUUCUGUUUUGUUGCUUUCCAGUUUUUCACAUUCUUUUCUAUGUUUCUGCCCCUGUUAGAUCAUAAGGAAUAGUUGACUGAGAAUUCUUCUCUGGUACUCUCUUUUAUUGUGAACUCGGCUUGCAGGAAGUAUAUACCUGUAGCCAUGUUUAAUGCAGGGGGACAAAUCCUUAUUCUGAAAGGGGAUGUUAAAUGUUUUUAUUUUAUAAUAAUUUUAAAAAAUUGUUAUUUGGGUUAAGCCUUCAGUUGUCUGUGAUAGAUAAUAAUGCUAGUGUAUCUUGUCCCCAUAUGCAACUAUGCACUUAUAAAUCGGAUUAGCUGGAUCUCUAUGUAAAGUUCUCUGCUGCUUCUAACCCCAGUUUACUGGUCUAACCUUUCUGUCUGAGGAAAGGAAUGACACAUGAAUUAUGUUUGACCCCCUACAGCAGAUGACUGGAGAUUAGAUUUUUUGUUUUUAAAGUGAAGACUUCUUGUUUCAGUCUAUAGUGUAUUAACUGAAUUAUCGUAACCAGGGCCGGCCAAAGGCAUAAGCGAACUAAGCGGCUGCUUAGGGCCCCCCUGGCCACCAGAGGGCCCCCAAGAGCACAUUAAAUUACAGUUUAACGUAAUUUAUUUUCAAAGCGACUCAGAGGGGCCCCUAAAUCAAUUCUGCUUAGGGCCCCAUAUAGGCUUGGGCCAACCCUGAUCGUAACCAAUGAGGCCAUCUCAGGGCUCUUUAAGAUUACAGAUCGUGGUGUCCCUGUGCUGGAUGUGGUUGGAUAGUAUUGUCCCAGUUUAAAGUAUGUAGCCCAGUGUAUGUAGGUAACAUAUUUGAAGCUUUAUCUCUCCUUUCCAUGCAUAUAUACACGCCUAUUUGACACUCCAGAAGACCACCUUUUAAAUCUAGUAUUAAUGUUGGUGCAUGAAAGCUCUAAUCAUUGUUGACGGCUGAGGCCUUAUUCUGAGUGUACAACAUGUAUUCAUCAAAUUAACAUGUGUCUAGUCCCAUUCUAAAGACCAUAGAUUUAGAGUGAAGAAGUAAAAGGAUCCCUCCCAACCUCAACAUUAAACAGUAUUCCUGAUCAGACAGGGCCUGGAUGACAUGGAAGAAAACUGGUUACACAGCAGCUUCUCUAUUGAUUUCCAUGUUAGAGCAAAACUGCACAAUAACAAGCAAGCAUUGCUGGGUUAAAUGUUUUAAUGUGCAGCAUCAUGCAAACGGUUUUGUCUCUAAGAAUCCUGUUUGUAAGAUAGAAUUGAUUAUGUUUCUAGCUGCUUUUUUGAGUAAACAUUACUAACUGGGUUGUUAUAUUUAGCAGAUGGACCAGGUCAAGUCUGUAUAACUGUUAACGUGAUUGUAGAAAGUUGUAAAUAUUAUAUUCACCAGCAAUCUGUUAAGAAUCUGUCAGACCUGCUAUUGGUGGUGUAUUACUGCAGUUAAAUUUGUCUUGAAAAGAAAAUGAAACAGAGUAAAGGACAAUUUGCUGCUGCUGAGUGCAAUGUGCUUAUGUGAAGAGAUUUCGUUUUUCUAAAAAAACAAAUACAAUUGUACAAAGGGAAUAAACAAAUCUACAAGA